AAUUUUAUUAGCAAAUCAGAUUGUUCCGUAUAAUUAGUCAGAGAAGCGCUUCGAUCGGCCGCCAUGUUGUCCCACAAACAAACCUUGGGCAAGUUGUGGGAAGUUUAAGUUUUUGUUAAGAAAUGGUAUUGCGGUGUGCGUGGGGGACGUGUAAUGUUGACGAGAGAUAUCCUGAGAGGUUACAGAACGGUGUUAAGCUUAUUUUGUUCCCCAAACCGAAAACUAAUCUCCAGAAAUGUCUUCGGUGGAUCAAAGCUUGCGGACGUCCACACGAACAGUUGAACAUUCAGAGAAUAAACAAACACAAAGCUGUUUGUUCAAAGCAUUUUGUGGGAGGUAAUGGACCAACUGUUGAAUUUCCUGACCCAUUACAAGCUGAUGGAUCAGCUGUUCGACCGACCAGGCCACCUCCAAAACGGACUAGCACAUUCACCGAGAGUAACCCAGUGUCUAAGAAAAAAAGACUUCUACGUACAACAGAUAUAGAAGAACAAGGAGAAGAUUUGAACUCUACAACAGAAACUGAAACAUCAAACAACACCAACAGUGGUAACAACAUAUCUGUACAAACAGAAGAACCUUGGAUUUCUCCAAUUGAGAUGUUUGCGAUGGCAACUGAGCUACGUGUGUUAAGAGAAAAAGAGAAGCAGCACGAAGCUACAAUCUGCACCCUGAAAGAGGAAAUAAAGGAACUUAAAGACAAACUAUCAUCUGAGAAUCAGAAGCCAUCGUUUGGAGUCGACGAAGUGAAAAGAAGAGAGGGAAAAUUGAAAAAUUUGUUCAAAUAUUACACUGGCAUUGUAUAUAUAAGAUUUGCUGGUCUUUUGGCAUUUUUAGUCUCUGAUGAAUCAUCAGUAAAUUAUGAAAAAGGUCGAAAAGACAUUAAAAAGUUGUCACUGCAAGAUGGACUCUUUUUAACUUUAUGUAGACUGAGACAUAACUUUGGUUUGAAAGAUUUGUCAGUUAGGUUCAAACUAUCAUUGCAGUCAUCUGGAAUUGUAUUUAAUACUUGGAUUUCAUUGAUGUAUUUUAAGUUGGGUCAACUUUGUAUUUGGCCUCAUCGUGAUAUAAUUAUUUAUAACAUGCCUAAAGAUUUUAAAAAUGAUUACCCCACUACUUUGGUAAUUAUUGAUGGUACUGAAUUUAGAACACAAGCACCAUGUGCACUUGGUUUGCAAAGUCAGCUAUACAGUGAUUAUAAGUCUAGUACUACUUUGAAAGCUUUAAUUGGUUGUGAUCCAAAUGGUUCUGUGAUUUUUGCAUCAGAAUUGUUUACAGGAUGUAUAUCAGAUAAACAAAUUUGUGAACAGUCUGGAUUUUACAAUGUUCUUGAAUCACUAAAAUUAAAAGGUUACAUAAAAGAUGGGGAUGCUAUUAUGGCUGAUAAAGGGUUCACUAUUAAAGAGGAAUUAAGUAAUUUAAAUUUGGUAUUGAAUAUUCCACCAAUGGCUUCAUCAACAUGCCAGAUGUCAGUUUCAGACACUGUGCUUACUGAGAAGAUUGCAAAGCAUCGUGUGCACAUUGAAAGACUUAUCGCAAAGGUUAAAACUUACAAAAUGCUCUCUGUUCGCAUUCCUACAUCAUUAUUUAAAAACAUUAACAAAAUUUGGUCUGUAUGUUGUCACUUGACUUUAUUCCAUGAUGUGUUUGUCACAGACAGUAAAAAUUGUAGUAAAUAACAUUAUUUAUGUAAAUCGUUACAGAAAAAAAUCAAAUUGUGACCAUCUUUCUGUUAGAAAUGUUGAAGAAACUGAAUGCUUAAUAUGUAUAAAGAGCAGUUUUUAGCCAACGAGAAGAAGUCGGGGUAGCUUAUAUAUACAAUUUAAUAUUUUUAAUAUUAUGAUAUUGAUAGUCUUGUACAGGUGAUGCCCCAAUUCUGUAUUCUGUGUAAUCUUUCAAUACAUAUGUUAAUGUAAUAAUUUUUGUACCUGAUAUGACAAUAUUGAGCCUAUCUGCACAUCACCAAGGGGGGUGUUUACAAGUGGGUGAUCUGCUGAUAUUGUAUACUCUAGAGGGGUUCCCUUUAACAAACUCAGCUGCUUUAUAUCACUUGUGGACACUUU